GGGAACGGAGUUAUGGUGGGAGGCAGGAGGAGCUUAUUUCCCAGUUGCUCAGGAAGGCAUGGGCAAUGUAGAAGCAAGCAUGGCUCUGUUUUUCCUCAGCCUGUGGCUCCUCUUGGGGGCUUGCUUAGGGUGCCAGCAUCCCCUCUGUCAGUGCUCGGACAGAAUGGCAUUCAUCUGCCAGGAGAGUGAAGUGACCUAUGUACCACAGGACAUCCCCAGGAAUUCCACUGAACUGAUAUUUUUCCUCACCAAAAUAAGAAUCAUCCCCAAAGGAGCUUUCUCGGGAUUUGGAGAAGUGGAAAAAAUAGAGAUCUCUCAAAAUGAUGACCUGGAAACUAUAGAAUCAGAUGUUUUCUCACACCUGCCCAAGCUUUAUGAAAUGAUUGAGAAAGCAAACAAUCUUGUGUAUAUUGAUAGAAAUGCAUUCCAGAAACUUCCCAGUCUCAGAUAUUUGUUAAUAUCGAACACUGCCAUCCGAUUUUUGCCUGUUGUUAACCAAGUAUACGCUUUGCAGAAAGUUGUGUUAGAUAUUCAAGACAAUAUAAAUAUUCGCAAAAUUGAAAGAAAUUCUUUUCUCGGCCUAAGUUCUGAUCGUGUUGAUAUGUAAGUUACAUCUGAUUUUAUACAUAUACAUGUUAUUUAUUCUUGCCCAUCUAUUUGUAAGUAGAUCUUUUGUUAUCUGAGAAGUUUUAAAAUUAAGAUUUAUGAACUGCUAUUCAGUUGUAUGAUACCUAAAAUAGUGCCAUCUUGGGGGGGGGAAGGAAACAAUUACAUGCAAUUUAUCUUGGCAAAUAAGGGCAGAUUGGCAUUAAAAAUCACCUUUGCUUCCAUCGUUACUGAUUUAUCCAAUUCAAUCACUUUUCUCAUGGCAUUUCCAGUGUCUGCUUACAGCAUGUCCUAUAUAGUCCUUCCUUUUUCACGUCCUCAUUUUCUCAAGUUUAUACUGCUUAACCUACAUUUUUUUAAAAAAUGCAGAUGCUACAGUAGGCUUUGAAUUUACUACAGCUUUCCAACUGAUUAAAUUUCAUGGAUGUGAAAAUGGGCUUCAGUGCUGACAGGGCUUUACUCCUUUUGCAUUCAAUGCUCCCCCCAGCUCUCUUUCUCAACAUGAAGCACAUUUAAAAAUUAAUGAUGCUCCCAUUCCUUCCCCCUUUCACAUGCCAAGGCACUCUCAUAUCAUUCAAGUGCCACUCAAAGUCAGCAGGAUGGCUUCUUAUUUCCUGUCAGCUCCUGACAUUCCCUUCCUUCAUUAAACGAUGGGGAGAGCAGCUGAUUAUUUGAUACACUUACGCAUAAUGUUAAUAUAUCAUCACUGGCUACUUCACAGGACACUGUCAUGCUGCCUGCUUGGAACCUUUUGCAUUGUGUCGUUUACUAAAUCAGCAUGCAGCCUUGACACUUCUCAUCUCUUGUCUGUUGGGCAUAACUGAAUAUAUGUAGG